GAUCAGACUGCUUCAGAACCGAGUGUGUUUUCGGGAGGGAAACUUCACAGCUUCGGUUCCGAGUUAGACACGCUUCGAGUAAGCGGGCCCAGAAGUCGAUUAACACUGGAUUCACGAGGGUAGGUGUGGUCAUGUCUGGCAUUGCUCUGAGUCGACUUGCACAAGAGCGCAAAGCGUGGCGGAAAGACCAUCCAUUCGGCUUUGUGGCUGUGCCUACGAAGAACCCUGAUGGUACCAUGAAUCUUAUGAACUGGGAAUGUGCUAUUCCAGGAAAGAAGGGGACUCCAUGGGAAGGAGGUCUGUUUAAGUUAAGGAUGCUGUUUAAAGAUGACUACCCCUCAUCACCCCCAAAAUGUAAAUUUGAGCCUCCGCUGUUCCAUCCCAAUGUUUAUCCAUCAGGAACGGUGUGUCUUUCCAUCCUAGAGGAGGAUAAAGACUGGAGACCUGCCAUUACCAUUAAACAGAUCCUGUUAGGGAUUCAGGAGCUCCUAAAUGAACCGAACAUACAGGAUCCGGCUCAGGCGGAGGCGUACACUAUAUACUGUCAGAAUAGAGUGGAGUACGAGAAGAGAGUUCGUGCACAGGCCAAAAAAUUCUCCCCGUCGUAAUCGAGACGGAGGGCUGGAAGAAUGGAAAGAGGCAAUAUGUGAAUACUCUUGAUAUCUUCCAACCGGGACUAAAAGGACUUAAAACAUGAUGUCUGUGCCAUCGACCCCGAACCCAUCCCCUCCACCACAAAACAUCACACUCUUACUCGCUCCUCCUCUUCCCUUUUAAUUUCAUUUGCUCACCAAUUCAGUAUCCACAAGUCUUGUUUUGUCUCAAAGCGGCUUGUAAGAAAUCACUUUCACGACUUCAGUCUUCGAUCAAAAGCAGACUGUUGGGAUUUUAGCUUUUUUAUUAAUUUGGCAUGUUUGUCUGUGUGCGCUUAGACUUGUCAUUUUAUUAUGUUCGCGAAUGAGUGAGUGUUUCCUGCGAGGCUCUGGUUUAGGUUGGUUUAUUACGUUACGUAUGUGGGACAGUGCCUCACGGUGAAGUUUCCCCCCAGAAUGAUGAUCUAGGACCAGUUUCCUCUCUAUUGGACGUGUUUUGUAUUUGACCAGCCACGUGGUCUUAGAUCUAUUGUCUAAUGCGGAUUCGUCGAAUAACAUCCAGAAUAAUGUGAGCAGCAGAAGCAGAAUCCAAUUCUCUUAAACAUGCUGUACGUGGUUUCUUGUUUGCUUGAUGGGAACAUGUGUCCUGUGUUCACACUGAAUGUGUCUGUAUGUUUAAUAAAGCUCUUUCUAUAAAAUG